CAAGGUACCACGCUCACCUCCCUCGAAGGCUGUGGUCGCGUCGUGCCAGGAACACUUUAUUUUUUCGACGCCAAAAUGUUUUCCGAUGAAGAAUUUGAAAGAUAUUUGAAGGAGUUGGAUGAUCCAGACCUAUCUGAAUUCGAAUUCUUUACUGAAUCUACUGGAGUGAAAAUAUAUCGCAGAUAUAAUAAGAACGUCAUCGCUAACCGGAAGUACGUAAUACAUAAGCAAUUCAAGGGUCGAUGCCAUUGUAUUUGCGUUGUUUACAUCGGUAUUACAUGUGGAUCGAGGGGUCUACGCGACAUCAGUCUGACCUCUGGAUUGUAUGAUUACAAAACUAUGGGUGGAAUUGAUGUUCCUGCAGAAACAUGUUUUGCUGUUUAUACAGACUUGCAGUACAGGAAAACAUGGGAUUCAUAUGUGAAAGAAUUAUAUGAAUUCAAGGAGAAUGAUAGGAAUGGUGUGUAUUGGCGAGUGGCCUUUCCAUUCCCUCUUUCAAACAGAGAUUAUGUUUUUGUCAGAGAAACAAGAGAAUAUGAUCGCAAUGGGAAGCAUAUAUAUGUAUGUCUUGGAAGGAGUGCUGAAUUUCCAUCAAAGAAGGAGAAGUCAGGCGUUGUACGGGUUAAUGAUUUCCUUCAGAGUAUGAUUAUUACUUCAGAUGGCAAUGGUACCAAAGCAUUCAUGCAUUACUAUGAUAAUCCAAGAGGCAUGAUUCCAACUUGGGUAAUCAAUUGGGCAGCAAAGAGUGGUAUACCAGGUUUCUUGGACAAAAUGGUGAUUGCAUGUAAGAGUUAUGACAAUUAUUUAGCUUCAAAGAAGCGAUAACAGUGCAUUUUCUAUUCAUAGUUAUACCAUUAUAAAUCUAUAUAUUACAAUUCAUUGAAUACUUGAGUAUAUCAAGUGUAAUUGAUGGAUUUAUGAAUUUUUUUUAUUUAUGUGAUGAAGUUUUUACCAAGUAUUUGAAUUCAACAUUUUGGUCAAAUUUUAGGGACAGUGCUAAUUAUGAAUCAGCUCAUGUUAUCUUUUUAUGUAUGUGAAUAAGAGGAAAGGAGAUCAAAGUACUUGUAAUUAUGUUACGCGUUAGUGUAGUGUUUAAUUAAUAAAUGGUGACCAAACAUCCUUUUGCAAAAUUUUCCGUCUUAAUUUCUUUGAAGACACAGAUUCCUGGUCGUUUUUUUUUCCCCCAUUGUUUUUAUAGAAUAUGGUGAAGAAUAGAGUUAGGUUUGAUGUUCAUACAUGUUAUAUGGUGAAGAUAUUCCAAAGAAGUAAUUGUAGUGGAAAUAAAUGUCAAAGAAUCUUUGAAAAUGAGAUUUCUCAUCUAGAAUCUGGUCAGUUGACUUGUCCAAUUCAAAGUGCCCAUUGGUAUGGUGAUUCUGUCUGAUUGGAAAACUAGCAUUUGAAAACAUUCUCUGUUUAGUUUGAAUCUUUUUUUCAUUGUUACAAAUAAAUAGUAUGUUAAAUUUUUGUUUUCAUUGUGUUGGCAUUAAAGGGAUGGU